AAGAGUAAGGAAUAAACAAAUAUUUUUGCAUUUUUUCCUGCAGUUGGCUGAAGAUAGCUACUGAUUACUGAUUGGAUGCUAUAGGUUAAUGCCCAACUGCAAAUUCACCUGGUGUGGCUUCUACCUAGGGCUGCCAUCAAAGGCUGGGGGUGCAGCCAAAAACCCUGUCAGGAAAUAAGUGGGCCUGGACAGCCAUAAAAGGGCCGGCGCUUACAGCGAAAAUAGGGUUUGGAAUGAUUGAGUUGGGGCUGGGAAGUUGGAAGCAUGGUUAUUCGAAGAGGAAUCCAUCACUUGGAUUGGCUGUGUGUGCCAUUAGCCUAAGGCUUCAAUCCUCAAACACUGAUACUACAUUGUGGCAGUUUCACUCUAAGCUAAUGGUAGUUGAACUCCUUGAGUGUUCCCAGGAAAAGCUUUUACGUUCCUCUGAAUGCACUAAUAUAAGUUGCAAUGCAAUGUGCAAAGCCGCACCCAUUAAACUGCUAUUCCCAAUGGUACUUUCCUAUACUAUUUUGAAUAAGGUGCAAAGUACAUGGUGCACCAGAACCCUAUAAUUAAUACCUGCCUUGAGGAGGCAUUGCUAUGAAAGAGCUAAAGGUGAUUUUCUCAAAAUGAGAACAAAAGAUCUUAUUAGCUAUUUCUCUUUACAAAACAUACAUUAGUUAGGCACAAAUACAAACAAUAUACAAUAGCUAGUGUCCAUUUAAUGUUCCUGCCUCACAAUACACAUAAUUUAUCUUCUUACAAAUGACAAGAGGACAAUUUCAUUUCUCCUUUUAUACCAUAUUAGGUUGAAGCUACGGUAGCUUAAAGUCCAGUGUUUCCUGUUGUGUAUGUGACACUGCUUAUAACAACACGAGCACACAGGAAGACUAAAGCACACAGGAAAAUGGCUGGUUUAAAGACCUCUACAGUCUUUCUCUUUACUGCAGCUGCUUUUUUUCUGGUUAUUUGGCAAUGUGAGUGCACAGAGAUUAUUGGUGGGAGAGAAGCUGUUCCGCAUUCAAGACCAUACAUGGUUGCUCUGUACUUAAGAGAAAAAAAAUUUAAAACCAUAUGUGGUGGAGUUUUGAUAAAACCCAGCUGGGUAUUAACUGCAGCUCACUGUAAUAUCACAGAGAAAACUAAGAUCAUUAUUGGUGCCCAUUCACUUACUGCCAAGGAAAGCCAGAAGCAGAUAAUACCUAUCAUCAAAAAAUUCCAGCACGAGGACUUCAGGAUAGAGACAUUUGAUUACGAUGUUCAGCUUUUACAGUUGUCUAAAGCCGCAGUGCUCGGAAGCGAUGUCAGUGUUUUACCAUUAUCAGUGAAGCGUAAGAAGCUGCAGCCCGGAACUGUGUGUGAAACAGCGGGAUGGGGAACGACCACUAACCACCGCAACAUAAUUUCAGAUAAACUAAUGGAAGUCAAUGUAACAAUAGUGGAUACAAAAACAUGCGCUAAGAGAUGGAAACCUCUUAUCAAUAUAACCAGGAAUAUGAUCUGUACCAGUGAGAAUGUAGAAGUGAAGGGGACUUGUGGCGGAGACUCCGGAGGGCCUUUGAUUUGCAAUGGAUCUUUAAGGGGACUCACAUCUUUUGGCAUGCCAGAGUGUGCUCUUCCUGGGGACGCAAGUGUCUACGCAAAACUCAACAGGAACAUCAUCCGCUGGAUUAAUAAAAUAAUUAGUGGCGUGCAUAAGAUAUUUUAAUAUGAUUUUAUCUUUUAAGCCUAUAGUUAAAUGGAGGUUCUGUGUGUUCCAGAAAACUCCCAGCUCAUCAUGCAAAUCAAUAAACAUGUGACUAUUAAUCUUUGGGAAUAGGCCCUCACAGAUUUAAGGGGAGAUUUAUUAAGACACGAAUGCCCCGAGCAUAUUUUCGCUGAUUUUUUCGCGUUUGCACGACUUUUUCGUACGCAAAAGAUGUCACCACAUCAAAACCUUUCACACACAAAAUCAAUAAUGGCAUUAGAGUGUGAUUCGCUGUAGUCUGUAGUAGCAGCAAUUAUCACAAGCCACAGGUGGAACCCUAGAAUUAUCAGCAUGCCUGAGUGACUGUUAUUCCAGGGUUCCCUAGCAUCAAUAGACACUUGCACACUGUUCAUUGGAGAGAGCUCUUCUGUGGCUAUUUCCUAUCACAAUGAAGGUGGCUAUACAUGGGCAGAUUUGAGCUGCUGAUUCAGGUCCUUUAGGCAGAUUCAGCAGCUUAUCUGCCUCUGUAUGGAGCCUUCCAACAGGCCUCCAUGACCGAUAUCUGGGCAAAAAUUGUCCAUAUGUAGAUUGAAUAGGCUUGAUCUUUCUGUUGGAUUGAAGACCACAACGCCUCACUGAUGUGGCCCUCACUCUGACUUUUUGUAUCCCCCUCAUUGUAAUGUGACCGUUUGGCCUUAGGGCCAAAUAAUCACAAUAGCACGAUAUCGCCCACCCAAGGUGGGUAUAUUAGGGGAAAGAUUCACUUGGUGUUGGCGACCUUUCCAAAUGAGCGAAUCUUAUAGGUGGUUAUAGGUAUAGCCACCUUUACACUGAUUGCCACUUCUGUAGUUGCAUUAAUUCUGCUAUUUAAUCCCAACAAUUAAGUUUGCUAAUUAACUAAAUAAAUUUUAAUGACCAAAUGGCCUUUGUUGUUUCUUGGUAUAACUUUAUAAAUCUUUCUCUUUCUUCUGCAUUUCUCUGUCUAGCGGAGUAAUAUAUUUUACUUAGUAACAGCCAAUCUCAUCCAACAAAAAUGUUAUUGGUUGAAGCUAUAUUGUGAAAAAUGAGUGAGAUGUUGUAGUUGCUGCUGAAAUCAUUUAAGAUCAAGGCAUUGUAAAGAGCACUGAAUAUCACGCGCUCAAUCCAAGAUUAGGAAAAAAUAAUUACUAAGGGGCCUAUUCAUUAAAGUCCGAAUUACGAGUACGAUUUGCGAAAAUUCGCA